AUGUCUUUGUUCAACGUAUUACAUCCGCUAUUGAAGGGGUCCAAUAGCUUCAAACCAAGAUUGAACCAGUUUUUAUUUAACAAUGUUUCCGCAAUCACAAUAAGAACUCUAAUGAAAACCCACAAAGGUACAGCAAAGAGGUGGAGGCGUACCGGCAAUACUUUCAAAAGAGGCAUAGCUGGUAGAAAACAUGGUAAUAUAGGCUGGUCCCAUAGAUCCUUGAAAGCCUUGAGCGGAAGGAAAACAGCCAAUUCAUCUUAUUUAAAACAUCUAAAACGUUUACUACCUUACCAUUGA